AUGUGUAAAGUUGUAAGCGAGCAUUAUGAAGUGGACGUCUAUCAUACUCACGUGAUAGCUGGCAACACCGCUGUGUUAACCUGCGUGAUCCCUGCCGUGGUUGAGGAACAUGUCACAGUCACUUCAUGGUCUCGAGACGAGAGUAUCCUUCUACCCGGUCCUAACAUGGGUGGAAGAAUAAUUGUUACUUAUGGUACGGGAGAACUUUUGAUUAGAUCUGCUAGACAUGAUGACAGUUUACCGACGUAUUCAUGCCUGACUAUACAUGCCUUAACACAAGAACGGAAAAGGUCCCAAGCGGCAAGAUUAACUGUUAUUGAAGUGUAUCGCUACGAUAACCUCAACCUGGACUUUGACUCCAAUCCUACUGCCAUCUUACAUGAAAUGUUUGCGCAAUUCCAAAAAUCUUAUUAUCAUCGUGAGCAGAGUGAACCAUGCUUAUAUCCUAUAAACUUGGAACAAGAUGCUCCUCUGGUAGUCAUCGAUUGUUCUCGGCAAGGUGGAGAUAUCCUCAAAAAUAGUGCUGUUGAUAUUCGUGUAGAAUGUGAAACUGUUUGA